ACUUAUUUAAUGUAAAUUAGCCACCUUACAUACACACAUUCCAUUAGAAGAAGUAUAAAUUAGUGAUAAAAUGAGUAAGUCCCGCCCUAAUUAUCACUUCCGUCCGUAAAACGUUGAAAAAGUUGGUCAAAACUCCCAAAGAAAACACCAUGAAACUACCCUCUUAAUCCUGUUAUCAGUUAUUAUUGAAAUCGUAAACGUGUUAAAAGAUUAAUCGGAAUUAAAAUGAACGUAGUAGAAGACGAUGUUAAAAGUGAACCGGGCAAAACGGAUGUGGUGGCCCCAAAAUCGCAACCAUCGCCAACGAAAAGUUGGGUUAAAUUUGAAGAGGAAGCCCAAAACGGUGUUACGACUACGAAUAAAAAUGUUUCGAACGAACCGGCAGUUAUUAAAACGGAAAGUAUUCAAGUAAAUUUGGAAAGGAGUAUUACUAGUUCUUUAAACGAUAGCAAUGGGCCUAAUAACGAUAACCAACCCUUACGAAACGUUGUUUUGCCUAUUACAAGUGUUAAUGAUACGAUUCGACAAGGUUUUACUAAUGGUGAUAUAAUUGUGACUUUAUUGCCUGUUAAUUCACGAUUUCCUUGGGUAACCCCAGCACAAUUCCGUCCAGAAUUGGUACCUGAAGAACUUAUGGCUCAAGGUCUUACUUUAACUGUCGAAGAAUAUGUCCAAUCAAUGGAACUUUUAGUAAACGAUUACCGUUUCACAAUUUACAAUAUAUGUUACAAACGAAUAUUAGUUGUUUGGAUAACAAUAGCUUUCAGUCUUUUACUUGGUUUAUUAUUUUCCGGUUUAAACGGCUUAUUGCUUUUCGGGGUUGGAAUAACUUGGCUAGUUAUUAACGCGGGUGUUAUUUUCUUAUCGAUUUGGAUCAAAUUCAAACUUUCGCGUAAUUUGGAACGUUGCUUGGCCAACGUUAACAAACAACUUCUUCGCCAUAAGAUCAUUUUGGCGUUAGACGAUCGUGGAAAAAUUUCAUGCCAUAAAGUAACGUUAUGUUUCAUUUAUUUGGACCCGGGACCUUGCAUUAAUCAAUUACAAACGUGUAUCGAACAACAAGAACGAGAAGCUAAUGGGUGGGAACAAAGAAUGGAUAUUUCUGCUAACGACAUUGUUAUACAAGGAUCAAGAACAACCAGGUUAUCACGAAAACAGGAACGUGCAGCUUUAUUAUAUCUCCGUUACGCCUCGCGAUGGGGUAAAGAAAGAGUUAGGGGUUACUUAGCGAGUCCUCCAGCGAAAGGGGGGCGCCAUUGUCCGUCCAUAACAUGUCCCUGUCAAUUUAUUGAGGAUCAUCUUCAAUGUAAACCGGCAGGUUAGAAAAAUAUGACGUUUUGAACUGUCACUUGAAAUAAUUGAGUGUGAUUUAUAUGUCCGCUAACUUCACAUCAGUGUCAACUUUAAAUCAUCCUUUAAUAUGUAUUAAAUAUUUUUAAAAAUGAAUAAUUUUAGGCAAAUUAAUAAAAGACUGUCUUGGUGGCAACACUGAAUGCAAUAAGUGGUUGUGAAUUUUAAAAUUUAACCUUUCAGUACACCAUGCUAUUGUCAAUAGAAACGAUCGUUGGGCAAAAGAUGGCGCUAGUUAUUAAACUUCAAAUUUAUUGUCUGAAUUUUGUUAUUUACUGUUUUGUAUUAAAUCUAUAUAACUUAACUCAUUUGCAAACGCUCAGAUAUUUACGGAACCCGAAUGAUUCUAGUUCCAGGUCUAGAGUUAGUUCUAAUAACGAUAUUAGUAUAAAACUAGAACUAACACUAGACCUAGAACUACAAAGUUUCGAGUUUAGCUUCUUAAGAAACCCUUGGCUAAACCCAAAUGCUUCUACUUCUAGUGAAAGUGUUAGUUCUAUUAUAGCUACACAGGCUUUUAUUUAUCUGUUAUGUAUUCACAACAUUUCACAAAUAUUAAUAUUUAUUAGAAUUGUUAUUAUCUGUCAACAAUGUCAAAUGUUGUUGAAAGCCAACAAAAGAUGGCGCUAUUGCGAAAUUUAAAUUGGGUGUAUUGAAAGGUUAAGUUUAUUCUAUUCUGUUUUUAAAAAGAAAUUUUUAAUAGAAUUGGGUUUUAGCUGUUAUUAAUUAAGGAAAAAAAUGUUAUAGAGAGCAAUAUUCGCACGAUUAAUGCACAAUAAGCAUUCAAAGUGAGUACAAAAAGUAUUGAAACGUAUGUACUUAAUUUUUUUUUACUUGAUGAGUAUACACUCUUUUUAAAUGUGAUUUUUAACCUUAACAUUCCACAUUUUUUCAUUAUUAAUCUUUUAUUCUUAUUGUUAGAUAGAAACACGUUAUUAAAGGUUUUAAAGGCUACAUAAUAAUAUAUAGAAAUAUCCGUCCACGUUGUAUUUUUUAUAAAUGUAUAUAUAACGAAAUAAACAAUAAAUUAUUAUUAUUAUUACAAAAAAAAAGUGAUCGUUUAUUUAUUUCAUUCAUUUUCAUUACGCUUUUGGGUUACUUUUCUUUAAAGCAUUUUAGCUUCUUGGCCAUUUUCUUUGGGUCUUGUUAUAAAAGGGAUAUCAAAUUCCAAUGAUGAUAAAUAGUUCUGUUUUUUAGGACCAUGUUCGUUUUUUCUUGGUUUAUCAGAUAGAAAUGUUCGUUAUGAUAUGGGAACCUAUCCUGUUAUAUCUGUUUAAAGGUUAAUGAAGAAUAUAUGAUAUAAAAAGUUAUUAUUUUUGUAUUUCUCUAUUAAAUAAACUUGUAUGUUAAUUAUCA